AAAAAAAUUAAAAAACUAUUUUAAUUUAAAGAACUAGAUUAAAAAAACUGUGUGACAACAUUUACAAAUGAAAUAUCCAAAGAUUUUACCUCAGUUAUAAAGUGAAGAAGAGCAUAAAAGCCAAAAAAAAACUUAAUGUAAAAAAUUUCUAACAUUUCUGAAUAACUGAAUAAACACAUUUAUACGAGUUAUUACGCAAAGAUAUUUAAACGUGACAAACUUUGAAAAAAAACAAAAAAUAAAAAACAUAUUUUUUUACUAAAGAAAUUUAAAUGUGAUUAACUUAAAAAAAAACAGUAUAAAAAUAUAACUGUAGUGAACUAGAAAGCAGUUCUCUGAUAUGUGCUAAGUUUUGCCACGCCGCCGCAACCAAUUUGUGCAAUAACGGUAUAACUACAUCUCAGCCCACUACAACUUGCUAGCUGUCAGACAGUCAGUAUAAACAGCAAAGAUUUUGCCUUCAUUUGCACAACUAAAAAUGCUCAAUAUGGAGUCACCACAGAUGUACGACACCGUGCAGACGCUCUCCCAGCUGGACCUCAAAAAGCAGCCACCGCCUCAGCAGGCGAUCAUCGGCCAGAUUACGCUGACCGCCAUGUCCAGUGGGCAGCAACAGCAACAACAACAAUGCGAACAAUAUUAACAGCAACAACCCAAACAGCAAUCUCAACAACAGCACGGCACAGAUGCCAACAACAACAACAGCAAUAAUGUGGGUAAUUUGGCAGCUGCCGCGGCUGUUGCUGCACAACAACAACAAAACGCUGGACUGGUGGUUAAACAACACGCGGUGCAUCAAAUGCAGCAUGCCGCCGCCGCGCUCAACAACAACAACAAUGCCUCCGCCAUUAAUGCGAAUGUGAAUAAUGUGAAUAAUUUGCUGCAAAAGCAAAUGCUACAACAAUACACGCAAUCCGAUUUGGAUGAAUUGACCGCGCAGGAAAUCACUUUGGAUCUGCAACACCUGAUCGACGAUCAGUUUCGCGAGCAGGAGGGUUUGGGCAUCUUCAGCGAUAUGGUCACCAGUCCGGGUGGUUUGUCGGCCACGCUGCCGCCCAACGGCAUGGUUAGCGCAGCGGCAAAGGUGCUGCAACAACAUCAACUGCAACAACAAACGUUACGCACACAACAACACAAUUAUGGACGCAGCGCACUCGCCUACAUGCCGCAAGCGGUGCAUUCGGGCGCAGCAUAUAGCAACAAUUCGAGCGAUGAGAACUCCUCGGUCGGUUCUGACUCGUCCACCAUCAAAGAGGAACCCAUCGAUCCGGAAUAUCGUCGACACCUACAAGAGACCAAUGCGAAUAAUGCAGCAGCUGCCGCUUUCAUAACAAACAGCGGCGCCAAUGGGCUCUACAAUCCGUAUCAGACAGCGUCGAAUAAUGGCCAGGUGGGCAAUAACGGUGGCAUGAGCAAUGGCGUCGGCGGCGCAGCGCCCAAUUUCACCAAUCUCACCUCAGCCAAUGUGUUGGCGCAUCACUCCGUGAACUUACCGCAUUUGGCUGCCGGCGCACACCUACUCAAACACCACAACAAACAGCUGCACCAUCAACGCAAAUCGUCGCUAAAACAUGUCGAUAAGGGCAGCGAAGAGUAUCGGCGCCGUCGCGAACGCAACAACAUAGCGGUGCGAAAGUCGCGCGAGAAGGCGAAGGUGCGCUCACGCGAAGUGGAGGAGCGCGUCAAAACGCUGCUCAAGGAGAAAGAGGCGCUGCUGCGUCAACUGCAGGAGAUGACCAACGAAAUUCAGUUACACAAACAGAUCUACAUGCAGCUGAUGAAUCAUGCGAAUCCGGAAGUGAGUCGCGUGUGCCGCAGUUUCCUCAACACCAACGAUCAUGGGCUUUAGAAGCGUCAGCAGGACAACGGCAAGCGCAGUGCUUGCAGCCAACAGCUGGUGUUUCGUGUCGAGUCGUGCGGCGUACGUGCGUUUGCGUGCGUGAUCUACGUUUUUGAUAUACAUAUAUACAUAUGUAUGAAAAUAAGUGUGUGGUGUGUGUGUGUGUGUGGAAGUAGCUUAUAUGCGUAUUUGUAUGUGUGUUUGUGCGUGUAUUAGUUAAAUUUUCGAGCAGCAGUUCUUAUCGCUGUGUGCUUAUGAAACAUUAAAUAAAUUAUAGUAAGCUCUAAGUUUUUAUACAAGCUCUGCAAAGUGUAUGUAAAUUGUAAUGUAAAAUGUAAAUAGUUUAAAGCGAGAGUCGAAAUAGAGGCAUUCCUCGAAAACCUGAAUAUAUAAUAUUUGUAUUUGUAUUUAUAACUUAUAUGUGUAAAGCAAUACUUUUUUAAUAUUUUAAUAUAACUUAUUUGUUAAAAAACAAAAUUUUUUAAAAUAAUUUUUUAAAUUAAUUUCUAAGCAGGCGAAAUUAUUCAAGUUAUUCAAAAGAUUUCAGCAGCAGUAACAACUUAAGAGAGAGAGAGAGUUCAUAGUUAACAAGCUUUUUACAAAAUAUUUAAAAAAUCCAGGAAAAAAAGGAAAUAGACUCUUUUUAAAUUUUUAUCCAAAUUCCAAUGGUUUUUCCUUAUAGCCGUUUUUCCAAUUUAUAGCCAUUGCCCUAAACGAAUUUUUUGAUAUUAAAAUUAUUUUCGAAGUUUUAACGUUUUUCAAAAAUAGUUUUCGAAGUUAUAGCCGUUUUGGAAUUAUUUUCUAACAGAAUUUUACAAAAUUCAAAUUGGACUUUUCGAAAUUCAAACUGUUUUCGAAGUCAUAGCCGUCUCCCUGAAAGGACUUUUCGAAAUUUAAACUGUUUUCGAAGUCAAAGCCGUCACCCUAAAAGGAUUUUUAAAAAUUUCCAUUAUUUUUUUUAUUUCAAUUUUUUUUCGAAGUUCUAACCGUCCCCCAAAAAGAUUUUUCAAAAUUCCAAUUGUUUUCGAAGUUAAAGCCGUAUCCCCAAAGAGAUUUUUCAAACUUCAAAUUGUUUAUGAAGUCAUAGCCGUCUGCUUAAAAGGAUUUUUCGAAAUUCAAAUCAUUUUCAAAGUUACUCCGUGGCAAAUCGGUCGGCUUGAUCUUAACUAACAAAGUUUUUGGAAUUUUCUCGAAACUACUUUUUUCGAUGCGAUACCACAAGUUUCAAUCAGUCGGUUUCCAUGAAAUUUGGCAUUAAUAUAUUUUAAAUACCCCGCUAUCGUUUGAACCAAUAAAAAUGGAAGAUUUCUUAUUAUUAAUAUUUAUUAAGAUCGAAUAAAUAAAAAAUGCAAAAAAAGUUAAAAAAUUGGUGAAGCAAUCGAACUUUAUUUUUGAGUAGCAAACUUCGUUGAAAAAUCGGGUCUCUAGACAAGAGCACAACCUUAAAUCACUGCACACUAUUAGCUAUAUAUGAUGAGGGUCUCCAAACGGGUCACCAAAAACUUUAUUUUAAAAAAUAAACUGUUCUGAAAUCUUCGGUAAUUACCAAUAAAUAAAUUUGUAUUUAAAAAAUCCAUUUAGCUUAAAACGUCUGUGAAAAAACUGUCUUGAAAUCUUGAAAUGUCUGAAAACAUUUACAGUAGAUGAGAGUAUCGAAAUGGCGAUAAAAUUUUCAUCAAAAACUUAUUUCAUGAAAAAUAAAAAAAAGUAUAUAAAUCAUGAAACCAAGACGAUUAUGCUAUAUUACUUGCUGGUUCAAAAUUACAAGAACACAUGAUAACGGUAAAAAGAAACAGCUUAGUCCAAAACUACAACAACAACAGUCAGAAAGUAGCGUACGCAGUCCAAAAACAUCGCAAAACUGCAAAACUAUGCGCUCAGCUCUCAAAUAUGCAUUUCUUUUAAGCUUAUGUGAAAUUCAAAUAAAAAGAUAUAAGAAAAAAAAUUAAAAAAAAAAUUAAAAUAUUUAAAUAAAAUAUGUAGCUUGUUAAAUUUUGCAAUGCUUUAUGCUUAAUAAUUUUCCAAAACUUUCUUUAUAAAUGUAAAUGUCUACUCAAAGGUUUGUACUUAUUUAAAAUAUAUUUAAAGCCAGAACUAUAGCUUCCCUUGCAAAUAAAAUAUAAUUUAAUAUAAUUAAAUGUAAAAGCAUGUAAGAUAAGCCAAAGAAGUUUUAAGUAAAAUUUAAUAAUAAAAAAACAAAAUACAAAAAAGCAAAAUAUGUAAAUACAUUUAAUAAGGAAUAUUAAAUUAAAAGUACAGUACAGCAUAAAAGUGGCAACGCAUUUCGCAGAGUUAAGUUUAUUAAAUUUACCUAAAAGAAUUCUAAAAAUUCUCAAAACUGUGAAACACGCAACUUUACAAAUUGUAAGAAAAUAUAUUUUUUGUUUUGGUAUACCAAAUACGUAUUGCAAAAGUACCGUUAAUUACUUCCAUAUGCUUUGGCGUGAAUUAAAAAUUGAGUUGACACAGAAUGAGUGAAAUUUUGAGAGUGUAAACAAAUUUGAGAUCUACUGUGUCUCACAUUUUUUUCUUAAUUAUUCGUGA